AUGAGGAUUCCUCCCGUCACUCUAAUUAGAUCUCUAGAGGGUCUAAGUCUGAGUGGAAAAAGGAAUUUUUCCUCCUCACCAGUGAUACAGGGACCAAAAGCUGUGAAAUUUCUAAAGUCUCAAAGAAGAAGACAAUUGAACCAAUCCAAGCAAUUAAAAAUCAAGACGUCUUUGGAUACCGUUGACCCUGUAUUUGGACGUAGUAACACUCCGUUUAUUAGUCGUGUAAUGGCAGAAUUGAAGGAACCGAAGGUGUUAAGCUCAGGUUACGAGAUUUCAGAGGUGGAGAAGCUACUCGCCUCAGUGGAAGAAACCAAGAAAGAACAAUUCGCCCUAUCGGGAUUAAACGAGCUGAACGUUAUAGCUACGGAUUUUACAGAAGAAUCUGAACGCUUGAAAAACAGAAGAGAAUCCAUUUUGAGAAUUCUGAGCAUGAGAAACGCAGAUAACAAGGAAGCCAUGAAAUUGGCUAUCCGUUUUGCUAGGGAAGAAUUUCAAAGAUUUGAGGCCGAUACGGGGUCCAGUGAGGUUCAAGCAGCUAUCAUGACCGUCAGAAUCCACAAUUUGGGCAAUCAUGUGAAGGAGAACAAAAAUGAUCACAAGAAUACUCGGAUCUUGCGUACACUUGUUCAACAAAGACAGAAAAUCUUGAGAUAUUUGAAGCGAGACAACCCAGAGCGUUAUUUCUGGACAAUCCAAAAGUUAGGUCUAAGUGAUAACGCUGUUGUCAGCGAAUUCAAUAUGGACAGGCGCUACAUGCAAGAUUACAAGUUUUUUGGUGACCGUAUUUUGAUCAAGGAUUCGAAGAAAGUUGCAGAUCAGAAACGUCGGGAUCUUCGUAAGCAGAAAAAAACUGCUAGAAGAGCAUAA